GUUGGGUAACACUGUUUCGAACGACAAAAGUAGACAUAAAAAGGCAGAGUUUGACGUGAAUUUGUGCAAUUAAUAUUUUUACACUUUUAUAAUAAACAUUUUUUAUACGCUUGUCCAACGAAUUUACAUCGUUUGUCAUCGCUUAGCCCAGUGCGUGUAAUAAUAAUAAAUAACAUUACGUAUCCACGGUAGGGGCCAGAAGCAAGCAAAUCAUAAAGCAAAGCAAAGAAAGAAAGUUCUAAAAAUAUUUUUUAUCGUCGUGAAAGUCGCAUAUUUUAUAAAGCUUUAAAUUAAAGACCAAACAGCGCAUACUUAAUUGCAAAAAUGGUAUUGAAAGUGUACGUUAGCGGUAUGUCCGGCAACAAGGAGGUGAAGAAGCGCCAACAGCGCGUUUUGAUGAUCCUGGAUAGCAAGAACAUUCAGUACGAUACUGUUGACAUUACAGAGCCCGGCAAGGAGAGCGAAAAGGAAUUGAUGCAAAACAAAUCAACUAGUAGUGGCGGCACAGUCAGCGAUCCAGAGCCUAGGCAUCCAUUGCCACCGCAAAUCUUCAACGACGCCGAAUAUUGCGGCGACUACGAUGCCUUCGAUAUGGCCAAUGAAAUUGAUACGCUGGAGGUGUUCCUUAAGCUGGCACCUGCUGAUACAACAGCCGUGAGCAGUGCUCAAAUCGAACUGAAGCAGGAAAACGGUGUGGCCAAAGAGGGCGAAAAACCCGAAGAGGAGGAAAAGAAAGCGCCAGCGGAAGGCGAUGGGGAUAAUGAGAAGGCAGAGGCAGAAGAUGGCGAGCAAACGAAUGAGGAUAAGGAGAAAACAAAUAAAGAUGGCGACGAAGAAGAUAAAAAGGAAGAGAGUAGUGAAGAAAAGACUGAAACCGAAGCCGAAGCCGAAGCUAAAGAAGGUAACGACGAAUUAGAAUCAAAAAAAGAGGAGGAAGCAACAGGUAAAAUAAAGGAUGCAACGCGUUUUAACUAUUUUAACAUUCCCUUAAUGCCAAAAGCAGACGAAACAGAAGAUGAGCAGAAGGAGAAAAAGACGGAGGAAGACGAUAAGAAAGAGGAUGAGGUUGAGAGUGAGGGUGAAGGUAAGAAAACGGAAGAAACGGCAGAUAAAUCAGAAGAUGCGGAAGAUGCUGAAGGCGAGACAAAGGAAGAGUCGAAAGAAGAAAAAGAAGACGAAACAAAAGAUCAAAUAGAAGAGGAGUUGGAAGACGCAACAGAAGAGAAAACAGAAGAGGAGAAGCCGGAAGAUGAAGCAAAAGAAAAAACAGAAGAAAAGUCGGAAGGCGAAACUAAAGAGAAAACAGAAGAAAUUGAAAAAGAUAAAGAAACCAAAGAGAAAUCAAGUGAGGAUUCGCAUGUAGAGAAAGAAACGGCAGAAGUCUCCUCAGCAGAGGAAAAGCAAGAAGAGAAAGAAAACGUCGAAGAGACAGUGCAGUCAGAAACCGAGGAAAGUGCAGAAAAGAAAGCUGCCGAAAAUUCUGAAGACGCCGAAGGCGAAUCUGACGAAAAGGAAGAAGACAAGGGAAAAACAGAAGAAGUAAAAGCAGAGACUGCCGAUGAUACUAAAGAAGAAGACACAAACGCAGGUGAAACCAAAACAGAAGAGAAAACAGAUGAUAAUGAUGUGAAGAAAGAGGAAGAACAAAACGAAGAGGAGAAGAAAGUAGAAGUAGAAAAAGAAGCUAAAGAAAAUACCGACGAUAAUGAAGAAGAUAAAGCAAAAACAAAUCAGGAUGAAGAAGAAACUAAAGAGGACUCCGAAAAGAAAGAAAUAGAAGCCAAAGAGAAUAAAGAAGAGGAAGAGUCAACGGUGGAACAAAAAGAAAGUGAAGCAGUAACAGAAGAAAAGAAGGAGACCACUUCUGAUACAGAAGAAAAAACUUCUGCUGAAGAUGAAAGCAAAGAAGAGUAAAGCAAUUCGUGCAUAAGCGGCCAAUCAACUGACACGAACCACAACGAACGAACGAAAUGAACUGGCACAAACAUACACACCAAAUGAACAACAGCACUCACUUGAAAUGAACCACUAUCGCAUCCGCAUCUGUAGUCCAUUACUUAGAGCACACACAUACACACACGCCCAUAAGCACAUUAUGAACAUGUAUUGUAAAUAAGCAUAAAUGAAAAAAAUAUAUUACUAAUAAUAAUAAAGCUGGUGAAGGGU